GCGCCAUUGCUGCGGCAGAUAGCGCCAAUAAGAGGGGAGAGAAAAAAAGAGCAAGACAAGCGAACUUGGACCCGCCCAGGGACGGACAUACGUGCUCUUUCUUGCUUUUUUCCUCCCUCUCGGAACAUGGAUGCAAGGUUCCUGCAAGUCCUGGCUAGGUCAUCGGUUAGCGCGUAAAGGAAAGUCAACAACAACAACAAACAAACAAAUAAAGACAUCGUCAUGUCUUGCUUGAAAAGUAAGUCUAAAAGGACGCAAUCCGAGGAAAGGGUUCAUCGGAGGAAAGUGAAGAAAGUCGCACAAGAGAACGGGAAACGUCUCGGUUUGGAGGAUGACCCGGAUCUGCAUUUCCUGCUGGCUGGCGGUCCUCUGACCAAGGUUCGAUCCCGCUCCUGGCAGAAGGUUCGCGUGUACAAGCUGCAGGAGGACUGCAAGACGGUGUGGUACGAGUCCAACAAGUUGUUCAAGCGCAAGCAGACGUUCUCCAUCGAUGACGUGGACUCGGUUCGCAAUGGCCGCCAGUCAGAAGGUCUCAACAAGCACACCAACCCGACCGAGGAGGAUCGCUGCUUCUCCAUCGUCUUCAAGGGCCGCAAGAAGGUCCUGGACCUGAUGGCCGGCGACGAACAGGAAGCCAACCGUUGGGUCAAAGCCCUCAAUAAGGUCAUCAGCAACAUGCGCAACCUCAGCCGCCAGCAGAAGAGCGAGCACUGGAUCAUCAACUGCAUGCGGAAAGCGGACAAGAACGACGACAACAAAAUGAACCUGAAGGAGCUCAAGCGCUUCCUGAGACACAUCAACAUAGAAGUGGACGACACCUACGCCGAAGAACUCUUUAAGAAAUGCGACCAUUCCAACUCGGGCUCCCUGGAAGACUCGGAGAUCAAGCACUUCUACGACCUGCUGACCCAUCGGGAGGAGAUUGACGUCAUCUACGGCAACUACGCCCAAACCGAGGCUCACAUGAACGUCCGGGAUUUCCUCAACUUCCUGUUGAACGAGCAGAGGGAGGAGGCCACCGCGGCAGACGCCGUCAGACUCAUGGACAAAUACGAGAUGGAUGAAACAGCCAAACAGAAGAAGCAACUGACCAAAGAUGGCUUCCUGAUGUACCUCCAAAGCGAAGACUGCGCCGUCUUCAACCCCGCCCACAAGGCGGUGUACCAGGACAUGAGCCAGCCCCUCAACCACUACUACAUCUCCUCCUCGCAUAACACCUAUCUCACCAAAGACCAACUCAAAGGGCCCAGCAGCACCGAGGCCUACAUCAGAGCUCUGAUGAAGAGCUGUCGCUGUGUGGAGCUGGACUGCUGGGACGGCGCCAACGGAGAGCCCGUCAUCUACCACGGCUACACGCUCACCUCCAAAAUCCUCUUCAGGGACGUCAUCCAAGCCAUCAGAGACUACGCCUUCAAGACGUCCGACUACCCGGUCAUCCUGUCCUUGGAGAACCACUGCAGCGUGGAACAGCAGAGGCUCAUGGCCCAUCACAUGAUCUCCAUCCUGGGGGACGCCUUGGUCACGAAGCCCCUGGGGGGAAACCUGCCCACCGCCUUCCCCUCGCCUCAGGAGCUGAAGGGCAAGUUCCUCGUCAAGGGAAAGCGGCUAAAUAAACUGGACGCGGCGUUCAGCUACAACAACAACAACGCCAUGGAGGAGGGCACCGUGUCCGAGGAGGACGAGGCCGCGGAGCAGGAGAACGGCCAGAAAGCCCAACAAAAGAAAUCCAAGAUCAAACUGGCCAGGGAGCUGUCAGACAUUGUCAUCUACUGCAAGAGCGUCCACUUCAAUGGCUUCGAACACGCCAGGGAAAACCUGGAGUUCUACGAGAUGUCGUCCUUCAAGGAGAGCAAAGCCUUCAACCUGGCCGAUGGCUCAGCCACCGCCUUCAUCCGCCACAACACGGACAAGCUCAGCAGGAUCUACCCCGCCGGCUCCAGAACCGACUCCUCCAACUACAAUCCGGUGCCCAUGUGGAACGCCGGCUGUCAAAUAGUGGCCCUCAACUUCCAGACGCCCUACAAAGAGAUGCACAUCAACCAGGGACGCUUCCUACCCAACGGCGCCUGCGGAUACAUCCUGAAACCAGAGUUCCAGAGAGCCGCGUCCACGGACUUUGACCCCAACGUGCUGUCCAGGGGAGCCUGGUUGAAGCAAAAGAGGCUUCAUGUCAUGGUGAUCUCAGCUCAGCAGCUUCCCAAACUCAACGUGGAGAAGCAGAAGUCCAUCGUGGAUCCUCUGGUGAGACUGGAGAUCUACGGCGUGCCGGCAGACAACGCCAGCAAGGAGACGCACUACAUUGGCAAUAACGGGUUCAACCCCAUGUGGAACGAACGCUUCCACUUUGACAUCCACGUUCCUGAGCUGGCCGUGGUGAGAUUUGUGGUGGAGGAUUACGACGCCACGUCGCAGAAUGAUCUCAUCGGACAGUACUGCCUGCCGCUCACUUCUGUACAGAACGGAUAUCGCCACGUGCCGCUCCUGAACAAGAACGGAGACAUCAUCGCCUCGUCGGGCCUGUUUGUGCACAUCAUGGUCCUGGAUGGCGAGUAGGCGUCCUGUCACGCGCCGGUCUCCGCAGUCACCAUCUUUGGACAUCUUCAGUGCUUUCGAUGGCAAAGCCAGGAUGAACACGUGAAAGUCCAGGCUGGAAAGGAAGGAAGUGAUCAUUAAUUUAUACUGACAAGUGUUCUUCUGCCGUACUAAGGCUUUGAUAACCCGUGUGGAUAAUCUCCGUAUGAAAGUCCAAUGAUGUCCCCGGGACUCAUUGAAGUGCCAGCGAGCCUCUGAUUGAGUACAUCAUCAUUUAUCAUCUUUAUUUUCGUAUACAACAUCAUUCCAAUUGCAUGGCUGCCUUGUUUUACACCAGCGUUCCAAUAAAAGCAAGUACGUCUCUCGUG